AUGUCCAUGUCCGAGAGUGUCGACCUCGACAUUGUUGACGAUAUCAUCGACAGAGCCCGUGAUGCGACCUCCUUCGCCCAAGUCCAUGAUGCAUACACCCGUGUGCUGGAGGCCAACGGCAUCCGCCCGUCGAGCGACAAAUCAUACUACCAGUUCCUGCUCAAGCUCGGCAUGAUCCGCGCGCGAACGUGGGGUGAGCGAUGGGAUGUCUGGCGCUCCAACAAUGGGGUUAGCCUUGCUCCUCCUCCCGUCAGCCCACGGCCUCACCCACUGCGUGCGCGACUGCCCUUCCUCGCGAGCGCGAGCUCGGAUUUGGACGAGGGUUUUGGAGCCGACUCGGAGCAAGGGAGCGAGGUCGGUGUGACCGGCCGUGAGAGCCCGAGGAAGGUGAUGCACCGCUCGCUGGUUGGGUUUGUUCCCUCCGAGGCCGAUGGCGACGUCACGCUGCCGCUGAGAACUUCCACCCCAGUGGCUGCGCAGUUCAGUGCAUACCGCGAGCGGACCCGGGGUCCAAGCACGCCCACUCCCCCACCAUAUCCCGAAAGCGACGUCUCACAGACGACGCUCCGCUCACCCACCGAUGGAAUCACACCUCGAGCACGUAACCGUUUCAUGCCACAUCUGCAGGUCGUAGAUGUGCCCGAUCUCGAUCCCACCGUCGUACGGCAGAUGGAGGCGCAGGCCGACGCGUGGUAUCGCAUUACUCUGCUCGGGCGGUGCUGCGAGUGGUGGUUCAAGGCAGCAGAGCGGAUCAUCCGCAUCAACGCACAGAUCGACAGCGUCCGCACCACUAUCAACCUCCGGAAGGCGCUUCAAAAGUGGCAGGUUGCCACGGAGUUCCGCCUCGAGCAGCCCGGCACUGCUGACUCCCAUUACGCCGCCCGCCUACAGAGCCAGGUAGUCCGUCGGUGGCUCACGAGCUUGAAGGAGCGCCGCGUCGAGGCCAGGGGCGCCUAUAUGGCCAAGUCGAAGGAGCGCCAGGUGGUGCAUGGCGCUUGGAUCUCCUGGCGGGCCAAGCUGGCGAAACGCACGACCAAACGAUGGGAGGAGGACAUCCGCGAGCGCGAGAAGGCGUCUGUGCAGCGCCGUGACGCGCGCCUGGCCGCGCAAGUGUUUGACAGGUGGCGAGACCAGACGCGCGAGCGUGCGGCAGACAAGUAUGCCGUCCAGACGACACUGAGUCGAACGCUGUUCAAGUGGCACUCGCAGACUGUCAAGCUGCACAGUUUGGGUCGCAGGAUAUCGGACUGGGAGCGACAGCACGGUACAGCCGUUCUCGCCGACUCCUUUAGGUUGUGGAGGAAGAAGUCGAUCCUUGGUCCGAUACAACACCAUGUCAGUGCGCACCGUAACGGAAUGGUGCUCGCACGCGCGUGGUCGCAAUGGCGACUGAAGACCACGCGACAGCGCCAAGCGCACACGUUCGACGACACUCGCCUCAUCAACCUGACCUUGACGCGGAUGAAGAAGUCGGCCCGGAAAGCUCGCCUGCGUAACCGCAAAGCCAUGGAAUUCGCCGACCUCCGCGACGACGAGUUAAUGCGUUCGAUGCUCACGUCAUGGGUGCGAGAGGAGCGCAGCAAGCUGCUCGAACGCGUUAUAGAGAGUCGGCGCGUGCGCGGGGCCCUCAUCACGUGGAAGAACAAGCUCGGGAAAGUGCACGAGCUAGAUGCCAAACUACCGCCGUUCGCUGAAGCGUCCAACGUGCGGUCCCUGCAAUCUGCACUGAGUAGAUGGCGUGACAUGACGGGCCAGAGGCGCAAUGCGGCGCUCAAGGCGGACUUGAUUUACGAGGCCCGCACAAAGGCAUCGUCGUUCGUGAAGUGGACAGCUGCUAGCGCACAGGCCGCCGAGAACAUCGCGACGGCGGACAAGGCGUACGCCUUCUUCACGCUCCGGUCGGUGUUCAAGAAGUGGGAGACGAAGUGCGCCCAGGCGAGUGUGGAGCGCAAGGUCACCGAGUUGAACCACCGUCAGCGGAAGAGGGGCCUUACUGCAGCGAUGACUGCCUGGCGCAACGCCACGGCGCAGAGGAUUGUGGACCGCACUAUGGUUGUCCAGUUCCAAGCCAAGCAGGACCAGCGCGUCCUCGCGCGCUCUCUGAACCUCUGGACGACACGCGUCGUGGAGAUCAAAGCCAGAGAACUAGACAUGGCGGAGCAGCGCAAGGUCAACAUCCUCAGUGGCGCGUUCAAACGUUGGCGCAACGCGCGGAAACGCCAAACAGACCUCGAGGCGCUGAUGGAAAGCGUCAUCGACGUCAAGCGAGAACAAAUCCUUCGCCGGUCCAUGGCGCGCUGGUCGUUCCGCGCGCACCUGGCACAGGACCUACGCCACCGCGCCGACUUCUUACAGGCCGAACGCGACCAGAGACUCCUCCUAGACACUUUUGGUACAUGGUACGACAAGCGACGGGAGCGUGAGCUACGUCCGGCGGAGGAGGAGACUCGGCUGCGGCACGAGGACGCCCUGAUGUUCUCGGUGUUUGACAAGUGGGUCGCCCAGUCGCGCAACCUCGUCGCCGUGCAGUUUGACCAGCGGCGCGUGCGGGCGUCCGUCUUGCCUCGCUGGCAGCGGGCGUUAGAGCGGCACCGCGAGUUAAAGCGUGUUGCUGCAGAUCAUGACCGGCGGCUCAUGGUUGACGCGUUAUCUGUGUGGAAGAGUGCGUACCGCGCCAAGAUGGCCAAGAAGCCGUACCGUGCGCGUCGGCGGCUGCAGGGGUCUUCGUUCGACGAGUCAGUGUACGGCAGAAGGUCGCCUCUCGACGAGCCACGCUAUGGCCGGCGGUCGCCAGGCCUGCCCGAGGUGGAACGAGUGCGGGAGCGAGCAAAGCCCAAAGCACGCCCGUCACUCCCCAACCUCGGUCGUACGCCCGUUCCACGUCGCUCAUUAGCCCGCGACGCUUCACCGGUGUGCGCUUCAGCUUCCGUCUCGAGCGAGCCCGCGUACAGUCGGUUGCGGAGCGAGCUGCGCGGUCCUUGGUCCGGGUCCGGGAGAGAGGCGAUAGCCGGCGCGGCGAGCGAGGGCCGCCUAUCUGGCGUCGCGUCGCGUGUGGCAAGUGGUUCAUCACGCGGAUCCGAGGACAGGCAAGAGAAGGAGAAGAGUCCGGGAAUGUCGGAGCUUGUUCGAGCUCUUCGUGGCCGCGUGUAG